AUGGCUAUCAAGGACUCGCUCUUGGUGCCCGAGAAGGGUCACGUCGUUCAAAGUACCAUAAACUACUACCUUGACCCUUCAAAAGGCGGAGCUACAGACUUCUACCCACAGACCGCCUCAGCCUUUCGGAGGAAAUUCGAGCAGUACCCAGUCCAAGUCACGGAUAUCCGAGGCCUCGACAAGGAAGAAUUCAACCUCGAUAAGGAAGGAUUUACGUUUGUGCAGCACGAGAGUGAAGAGAAGGAAUUCGCCGACGAUGAUGAAGUCAAGGACCGUCUUUUCCGCGAAGCCGCCGAUAUCUUGAAGGGAGUGACCGGCGCCACCCAAGUGCGCCCGUUCUCGCACAUAAUCCGUCGCGAACGGUGGGAAGCAGCCCAAAAUGCCUCGGACGGGAAGGAGGACGACGAACUUGUCCGCAAAAAGGUCCCUGCGCGCUUCGUCCACGUGGAUCACUCGUAUGGCGGCGCUGAGGAGAUCCUCCGGGUCAACGUGCCAGAUGAGGAGGAGCGCGAGCGGCUCAGCAAGACACGAUGGGCAAUCAUCAACGCCUGGCGUCCCAUCCGCGAAGUAACGCGCGAUCCCCUGGCGGUCUGCGACGCGCGCUCGGUCGAGGAGUCGGACCUGGUCGGCGUGAUCGCGCACUCGCCGCCCCCCUUGCCCGGCUCCGUCCAAGGCGGCUCGAUGGGGAAACACUUCGAGACGUGGUCCGUCAAGGCGAACCCGGCCCACCGCUGGUACUACAAGAGCCGCAUGACGCCGCAAGACGUGCUGCUGCUCAAGAUCUUCGACUCCAAGAGGGACGGCCGCGCCCGGCGGGUGCCGCACACUUCGUUCUACUCCGACGAGGAUUGCGGGGACUCGAGAACCAGCAUCGAGAUCCGGUGCUUGGUCUUUUGGGAGAAUGAAAGUCUGGAGUAA